UGGGGAGAUCGCGCGGAAAGGCUUUUGUGUCGCGAUCGGUCGUUAGUAGCUGUUAGUUGUCGUUUCACUUUCGUUCGGUUCGGUGGUUGGCACUCCAUAUCCCGUCUGGUUCAGGUGGCUGUUGAUGGCUAAAUUUGGAAUGGUUUGCGAUUCUUAGAACAGAGAAGACACGAGAUUUCCUGGCAGAUCAUCUAGAAGGGUUUUUAGACAUUGGGGGAUUCGCCUUGUUUGGAUUGGCAUCUUCAGGUGUUCAGUAGCUGAUAGUUUGCAGUUAAGUGAUAUCCAUCCGAUUUAAGAAACACAAAUGCGUCCAAUCAAUCGAAACCGCCGCGAGUGUGAAAAGGCUUAAAAUUGGCCCAAAUCAGAGAAAAGAAAAAAAAAACGCAAAUCAAUCGAUCGCGGCCUAGGAGGCCCGAUUGGAUUUCCUCAGACGCAGUUUUCCUCCACUCCGUUAAUCAAACGUGUGAGUGUUUUGAUGGUGUAGUGCGAUUUGGCAACGUGUCUGCCACAACCUCCAAAACUAGGCUAAAUUUGUGCUGACGACCGCGACAACAAAAGGGUGGUGCAAGUUUUCAAAGUUUGUAAACCGUUCGAAAGCCGGACAACGAAGAAGCGACGUUCGUGAGUUCGUCAACUGAAAUUUCUCAUCCAUCGUCCAGAAUGAGCGUCGCGGAGAACUUUACGAACUUCUCCUCCGGAUCCCGGUUCGUGUUCCAGAUGGCCGUGGAGGAGUACCACACCGGGCGGAACUGGUCCGGUCUGGUCGAUCGCUAUUGGUUGAUCGUCGAAGAGCUGAUUGCAGAUCCUCGUGCCAAAAGUCUCCCAUUCAUGGACAACCCGCUGCCCACGCUGGGAAUGAUGAUCUCCUACCUGCUGUUCGUGCUCUGGCUCGGCCCACUUUACAUGCGAGACCGGAAACCGAUGGACCUGCGGAGAGUCAUCAUCUUCUACAACAUGUUCCAGGUGCUUCUCAGUGGUUACAUGUUCUACGAGCACCUGAUGGCAGGAUGGCUGCAGGGAUAUAGUCUCACGUGCCAAACGGUUGACUACGACGACGGGCCACUGUCCCGGCGGAUGUUCAACCUGUGCUACGUGUACUACCUCUCGAAGCUAUCCGAGUUCGCUGACACGGUAUUUUUCGUGCUCCGGAAGAAGCAGUCCCAGAUCACCGAUUUGCACGUGUACCAUCACUCGCUGACACCGAUGGAGGCGUGGAUUUUGACCAAGUUCAUUGCCGGUGGCAAUGCGACUUUCCCGAACGUAAUCAACAAUUUCGUGCAUGUGUUGAUGUACUUCUACUACAUGCUGUCGGCGAUGGGACCCCGCUACCAGAAGUACCUUUGGUGGAAGAAGUACAUGACAGAGGUUCAGAUUAUCCAGUUCAUUCUCUGCAUCGCUCACUGCAUCAACGCCCUCGUAUCGGGUUGCCCGUUCCCCCGAUUCAUCUCCACGCUGCUGCUCAUCAAUGCCAGCAUCUUCCUGGUGCUGUUCAUGAACUUCUACAUUCAGAGCUAUAAACGCAAAGCUGCCAUCGCCAAAACCAACGAAUCGUCCAAGGUCCAAGAAGUUACCGAGGCCGAUAAACUACCCAUUGAAGAAACGACAACAACCACAACCUCAACUCCAACGGAAAUCAACAACAACUCCAUCGAAUCGAUGGAAUCAUUGCUGGAGAAAUCCGACAAAGCACUACCUCCUCAUCCACCAGCCCAAAAAAGCCUGGAUAGUAGCGAAACUUCGGAGCUGAGCUCCCUUGAAGAACCUGCUUCACCCGGCUGCGUUGACGAAACGAUAGCCGACUACAGUUUGCAAACCGAACUGCCCAAGGAUGUGAUAGAAUCGACGGAAGGACUUCGCCAACGGAUAGUUACGCUCGAACAGCUACAAUUCGUGCCAGAGCCUCCGAGUGGAGUCGAAGAGUUGGCGAAGUAGUUCACCGCGCUAGGAUCUAGGCUAAUUAACAAUUUCGGUUAAGCUUUCGUUUUCGAAAAUGCUGCUGCUAUGAAGAUCAUUCACAGAUGUAUGUAGUAUAGGUUCAAUGUGAGGGAGGAGGAGGUCCCGGCCGGCCAAAUCCGGAGUGUCUUCCGCAAACCGAACCAUUCCAUUCAUGUAGGUCAUAAUAUUUCUAGUCUGUAGAAAUUUCGUCAAACCGUAUCGUUUAGGUAAUACGUAGUGUACUUAACAAGUUUACUUAACCCGCAUUGCAUUAGUAGAGGCAUCCCCUCUCUGGCUCCCCAUCCCAACUGAUUAUUGCUCAAGUUUCCCGCUUCCAUCCAUAUUGCAUUACAUCAAUCAAGAAAAAAGAAAAACGCGAUGUACAUCUUAAAAAAGAGUAACUGAACUGACCAGCCAGCGCGGCCAAUGGAAGAAAACGAACAAAGUCGAAAAAACAAAUCGUUAUCUGAGGACAAUUUCCGACGCUGGAAAAUGCUCCCACCAGACGGAUGGUUGUGCAUUGUGUGUUGAGCCGAGCUCAAGUGAGGAAAAUGCAAUCAUGAAAAGGCAUACGAAAAUGUGAAUAUGUGAUUAACGUAUGAUCAAUAAGAUAUCGAAGAUUGUUAGGAGAUAGAUUGAGCAUAGGGUUGUAAUGUAAAUUUGGUAAUUUUAUAUCUAGCUGAGAAUCAAUGAUGAGGGAAGAUUGAAGACUAGAGAAACACACCCUCGGGAAGCCUUUGUAGUGAGAAUUUUUUUUCUAAUUGUAGAAAUAUGAAAAAAGUAUUGAAAAGAAACGAUGAAUAAAGUGUACUAUGGAAA